CCUUCAGCGGGGCUGUGGUGGAGGCGCCGCCAUGUUCGCCCGGGGGGCUGCUGUCGCGCUUUACCAGCCGCAAUGGGGCCAAGUAAGGAAUAUGGCAACUCUAAAGGACAUUACCAGGCGCUUGAAGUCCAUCAAGAACAUCCAGAAAAUUACCAAGUCCAUGAAGAUGGUUUCUGCAGCAAAAUAUGCUAGAGCUGAGAGGGAGCUGAAACCUGCAAGAAUCUAUGGAACAGGAGCACUGGCUCUGUAUGAAAAAGCAGAAAUAAAGGCACCUGAGGAUAAGAAGAAGCAUCUCCUUAUUGGUGUGUCCUCUGACCGAGGUCUGUGUGGUGCUAUCCAUACAUCUGUUGCUAAAACCUUGAAGAAUGAGAUUACUAACCUCACAAAUGCAGGAAAAGAGGUUAUGGUGGUUGGAGUAGGUGACAAGAUCAGAGGCCUGCUUCAGAGGACACAUAGCAAUUAUUUCCUGCUGACAUUCAAAGAAGUGGGACGGAGACCUCCAAGCUUUGGAGAUGCUUCAGUCAUUGCCUUAGAGUUGUUAAACUCUGGGUAUGAAUUUGAUGAAGGCUCUGUCAUCUACAAUCGGUUCAGGUCUGUCAUCUCCUACAAGACUGAUGAGAAACCCAUCUUCUCCCUUGAAACAGUUGCUGGAUCUGAAAGCCUGAGUAUCUAUGAUGAUAUUGAUGCUGAUGUGCUGAGAAACUACCAGGAAUUCACACUAGCAAAUAUUCUGUACUACUCCCUGAAAGAAUCCACCACCAGCGAGCAGAGUGCUAGGAUGACCGCUAUGGACAACGCUAGCAAGAAUGCUUCUGAGAUGAUUGACAAAUUGACCUUAACAUUCAACCGUACCCGUCAAGCCGUCAUCACCAAGGAGCUUAUUGAGAUCAUCUCUGGUGCUGCUGCUCUGGAUUAAUCGGAAAAAGCGAUUCAACCAAAUCCAGGAGAGGUAAAGUUACAAAUAGAAACUAGAUUGUGUUUUUAAAGGAAUUAACACAGAAAAUCUCAACCUCAAGUGAGGAAGUCAGAAUUCAGUGUUGUUGGUCAAACUUCCCUUCCCAAAGAGCUGGGAAACUGUUCAUUGCUAGUUCGAAUUGGUCUGAACAAGAAAUCCUUCAGUAAUUGUAAUCAAAAUACAUCCAUACAAGUGUCCAUCCGCAUUUGACAGGAUUUUCUGUGUUUAUGUGUUAUUGAAUUCAUUUGCUGUUAUCUUUACAUUUUUAUAGUGUCCUGACCUUAUGCAAUGACUUCAAAAUGUUUCUGUAUAAGAUCUUCUACCUAGAGAGAUUUCUGUAGCUAAAUAGGCAUAUCCAAAAUUCAAACCUUAAAGGAAAAAUAGACUUUGGCAGGAGGGGGUAAGGAAUAUUUGUGAC